AAGGCUUCAAGCUUUCAUUUUCUCCACCUCCGAGUGGUGGUGGCAAUGGCCGCCUCCCACGUGUACGGCCUCCUGUCCACUCCCCGCCGUCCCCGCCGCCCACGCGUCCUUCCUCCUCCACCGGAUUGAGCCGACAUCUCCGCCACUCUCUAUUUAUCUCUGCCUCCCUCUCUUUCCACUUUUAUCAAACCCCGUUUGGCCAUUUCGUUCAGUAAAAUAGAGAGAGAGUAGCUUUCCAUUUUCAACCUCGUUUCCCAUAGCUCCUUCUUUCAGCUUCAUUCCCUUCUUUGAUUGAUAGCAAUGGCCUCUCAAGACCUCAAACAGCGCAUCAGAGACGAACCCGAUGCCACCGCCACAGCCGCCGCCGCCGCCGAUAUUAAUGACAAGGCCUCCCACAGGCCGGGCAGGAAGAAGGCCAUGGCCAAACGCGGCCUCCGGUCUCUCGCCGUAGCCGUCGCCCUCCCACUGGCGCUCACCGCCCUCGACAUCUCCUUCUUCGGCUCCGACCCUGCCUCCCGGAAGCACCUCCGGUUCCCUCCCCUGUGGGCGCUGCACGCCACGUGCCUCGUCUCGAGCAUGCUCCUGGGACUCUCUGCGUGGCUUGUCUGGGCCGAGGGUGGCUUCCAUAGGAAGCCCGAGGCCUUAGCCCUCUAUGCAGCCGUCCUCGGCCUCGGUCUGGGUUGGGACCCGAUAGUGUUUGGGGCGGGCGCCAGCAAGCUCGGACUUGUGGUGGCACUGGCUUUGUUCGGGAGCUUGUUCGGGUGCUACAAGAAGUUCAAGGAGGUGAGCACGAUAGCCGGGGACCUGGUGAAGCUGUGCUUCGCGUGGGCCGGCUUCGUGUGUAUUGUGAAUCUCAAGCUUGUUGCUAUGUGAUGACACAUAUAUGAGUAAAGAGCGGAUGGGUACGUCUUUGCGCA